AUGACUCUAGAUGAACGCUUUCAAAAAUUUGAAACUCUUCUUAAAGGUUUCAAAAUAACUGAUUCAUCAUUGUUGUCUUAUGGUACUGCCGGGUUUCGUCUUCCCGCUGAUAAAUUAGGCGGUGUAGCGAUUCGAUUAGGAAUAUUGGCAUGCAUCAGAUCAUUAAACCUGCAAUGUAGGGCAGUGGGUGUAAUGAUAACUGCUUCUCACAACCCACCAUGCGACAACGGAAUGAAGCUAGUUGAUCCUCAUGGGGGUAUGUUGGAUGCUGAAUGGGAACCAGUUGUAGUCAGUUUUAUGAGUUGUAGCGAUGAAUCUGUCUCUGAAUGGCUAUCGGAACAUUGCUGCAAUUUCCAAGAUGAUCAACUACCCCAUGUUGUUUUGGGCUUCGACACUCGUGAAAGUUCUCCAGCUUUAGCAAAUGAAGUUAAUCAAGGUGUUAGUUUUAUGCAUGGCAUCUGCCAUGAACUUGGACUGGUAACCACUCCGCAACUUCACUAUUUUGUUCAAUAUAUUAAUUCAAUUGGUAGCCCAUGUUCCAACCAACUCGUUGAUUUAGAAACUAUUUACGUUCAUCAUUUUGCUGAACGUUUUACAACUGCGUUAGAAAAUUUACAAAGUUGUACUGAAUCAAUACAUUUAAAUAUAGACUGUGCACAUGGUGUUGGUUCUAAAGUUUUAGAACGUUUUCGUGCAUAUUUUUCAUCUGUCAAAGGUCCACGUAGAUUAAUAUUACACUUAUAUAAUACAGAGACAGAGAACAAAGAGUUACUUAAUCAAAAUUGUGGAGCUGAUUUUGUUAAAAUAACACUAAAUGCACCAAAGUUAACCCCACCGAAUGAACAGUCUAUUAUGUAUCCAGAUCGAUGGGCAACAAUCGAUGGAGAUGCUGAUAGACUAAUCUAUUUUCGACCAAUUUUUACACAUUGUUCAUCAUCUUCAGGUAAUAGGUUAAAUAAUGACAUGAAAGAAUUACAUCUAACUGAGGCUGUAGCUCAACAAGUUGAACUUCUGGAUGGUGAUCGUAUAUCAUGUCUUUUUGCUCAUUUUCUUGUUAAAGUUCUCAAGUCAGUAUCUUCCGAUCGUAAUUUAACUAUCGGAGUCAUACAGACAGCCUAUGCAAAUUCUGCAUCUACACGUUAUUUAACUGAACAUCUUCAUGUAUCAGUAGUUUGUGUUCCAACUGGAGUAAAACAUUUGCAUCAUGCAGCUCAAAGUUUUGAUUUUGGGAUUUAUUUUGAGGCUAAUGGACAUGGAACUGUAUUAUUUUCCAAACAUAUUUUAAAUUUUGCAAAAAAUCUAAAUGUGAACAAUCCACUUCGUACAUUUAUUGAUUUAACUAAUACUUCAAUUGGUGAUGCUAUAACUGAUAUUCUAUUGGUGGAAUAUACAUUAGCCUGGUUAAAUUGGUCAUUUAUUAAUUGGUUUUCAAUGUAUGAUGAUUUACCAUCGAAACAAUUAAAAGUUACUAUAGCUAAACGUGAUCUUAUACAAGUUACAUGGGAUGAAAGACGUGUAACAAGUCCAACUGAACUACAAAUUGCUAUCGAUGAAGCUGUUCAACAAGCUGAUAAAUUAGUUGAUAAAAUUGGUACAUCACGUGCAUUUGUUCGUCCUUCAGGCACAGAAGACACUGUACGUAUUUAUGCUGAAUCGUAUACACACGAAGCAACUGAUUGGUUAUCCGCAACAAUCGCUUUAAUAACUUAUAGAUUAGCCGGUGGAAUAGGUCCUCAGCCCACACCUCCUAAACCUCUUCAUUCCAUUUGUAAUUGA